AUGAGAAUAACAUCAAACUUGUUUGGACUCACAAAACAUUUUAUGAGGCCUACGGCGGUAGGUUUUAUGCAGAUCCGGUGGAUUUCACAGCAUUUGAUGAUACAAACGUUGGGUAAGACAUCAUCUCCAGUCAAGUUCAAUGUGGACAUACUGGAAACACCAUCUAGCUAUGGUUACUUUACGUCCCGUGUGAACAGGCCAUACAAUGAAGAUCGACAUCAGAUUGGAGUGUUGGACAUUGAUUUAUCGCAAAGAAAUGUGAUUCCAGGGGGUUCCAUUGAGGAUAAUAUACAGUUAGAGGGCCGAGUGAAUCAAUUAGAAGGUCCUCAUUACUCUAACUUCUACAAGAACCGUAAAGUGUUUAAUUACAGCAUAUUUGAUGGCCAUGGGGGUGAAGAAUGUAGCUCCUAUUUAAGAGCACAUCUUCUAGAAAGCAUUGAAAAGUUCAAGAUGACUGAAGGUACCAUCAACUAUCUCCUGGAUUUUUAUAGAAAGAAGAUCGGAGGAUACUGGAAACGUUGGAUUCGAAGGGAGAACCAGCAGUUACUUCUUGCCAUGGGAUCACAGAAAAGACUUCGCGAUAACGAGACGGGAGAGCUACUCUUCAGAUCGCAUAAGCUUGACAGUCGAGAUAAGAAGCUUUGGCAAUUCCCUGAGUUUUCAGAGCAAGUGACUCCGUAUGAAUUUUUGAAGCUCCGGAUAUUUCUUAGCUUCUUAUACACAGACUACCAGUUUCUCACGUACGAAAAUACGUUCAAUCAAGAGCACCAGAAAGAAAGAGAACCACGACUCAUAAAUGCAGGGUCUACAUGCACCUCUGCAUUUCUGUACCCUUUAGAUAAGGAUGCUAGCAAUCUUGAUGGAUACUAUUUUCAGGGGGGAGUUCUUUCAAGACUUCUUGUAGCACAGGUGGGCGAUACUCGUGCUAUCUUAUGUGACGAAAGGGGCGUUGCUCAUGCAUUAACUAGAGAUCAUCAUCCUUCCAAUCCCACCGAGUCACGAAGACUUACGAAAUUCAGUGCGAAUUUGAUCAUGACGGAUUCCUUUGGUGAAGAGAGGUAUUUAAAUUUGGCCAACACUCGAGCAUUUGGUGAUAUUUCUGCCAAAGAUGUAGGAGUUUCAGCAGAACCAGAGUUCUUUGACUAUCUAAUAGGAGAUCCAGUGAAGAUGAAAGCAUUUAAAGAGAAGAAUAAAGAAUAUCUAGAACAAAUGGGAGUGAAAGACUACGGGGGAAACGAAUGCUUCAUGGUGUUGGUAUCAGAUGGUGUUACCAAUAAUAUGACAGACCAAGAGGUGGUAGAUUUAAUUACAACUUCAUCCAGUGAGAAAGGAUCCGUUUAUGGAACGCCUCAGGAGGCCUCAAAGGAGGUUGUGAAUUACGUAGAAAUGGUAGGUGGCGAUGAUAACGCUACAUGCUGUACCAUCAGAAUGAACGGCUGGGGUAAAUGGCCUAAUGUGGAUAGAACAAAGAAGUUCAGAGAAGAUAGAUUGACAAGCCUGUUGAGAAGAACGUGA